AUGAUGAUGAUGGACAUGGGCAUGUACGGGACCUACGGCAAACCAGACUCAUAUCCUAACUACGUGUUCUCGGGUCAAGGAAAUCAUCAUCAUCAUCAUCACCACCAUCACCAGUCUUCAUCCGUCGGCAGUCACGUGUCAGUGCCACCUUCCGCAGAAGUAGCUCCAACUCAUUAUUACCCCCAGACUGCAGUGGCGCCAUAUUCUUCGUCAUCCUCCGAGAGCUUCCUAACCGCCGACUCGGGCGCGUCAUCCAGUACGCCGCCUCAAGGCUUCUAUUCUCCGACGGGUGCCGUUCUCCACGAGAAUGGUUCUACCACCCCGAUAAUUUCCUCGGAAAAUGGCCUGAGCUACACCAACCUGGAUUACGCGUCAUCUUCAUCGUAUCCGAAUCAACAGCAACACGCGGUAACGUCGGUGGACCCGCAUCAGAGCUAUCACAUUCAACAGCCUGCUUACCGAGAGGAUCAUCACCAUCACCAUCAUCAUCCGCCCACUGGCAGCAACCUCCAUCAGACCACGGUACCUCAAACUAGUCAUCCAAGAACGGAGCACGAUCAGCAACUUCAUCAUCAAUCUUCUAGUCAUCACCAUCACCAUCAUCAUCACGACCCUGAAUACCAAAUAGCAGUCGGCGGAACUUCGAACUAUCUCCAUCAACUACCUUCGGAAGAAUCUUUGCACUACCAGACGCAGAUUCCGCAGAGCGAAUUCUCCGCGCAUCCGCCGGGACAUUACAAGGAAGAAAAUUCGGAUGCAGCGACCUAUCACGUUUUGCAACAGUCCGGUCACCUCCAGCAUCCCCAUCAGCACGGGCAUCAUCAUCAUCAGCAGCACUCACACGCGCACCAUCAGCAGCAACAACAACAACAACAGACUCAAGUGCCCACCUACAAGUGGAUGCAAGUCAAGAGAAACGUGCCCAAGCCAAUCGCGACAAAAGCAAACCCUAAUGCGGUCGAGUUCGGUGGCGGCACGGCCGCAGGGACAAGCUCGUCGGUGUAUGGAAGCACCGCCAGUGGAACAGUGAGUUGCAUCGCCGGUUCGUUAGCCGGUAUCGCGGGAAGCUUCAACAAUACCGGUCGCACGAACUUCACAAAUAAGCAGCUAACCGAACUGGAAAAGGAGUUUCACUUCAACAAGUACCUGACGCGAGCGAGACGCAUCGAGAUCGCUUCAUCGCUACACCUAAACGAGACGCAGGUGAAGAUCUGGUUCCAGAACAGGCGAAUGAAGCAGAAAAAGCGAAUGAAAGAAGGCCUGAUACCGUCAGAUAGCACGAACGUGACGCCUCUGAGCGGUGCCAGAAGCAGCAGUAAUUCGCCGACGGGCUCGUCCAGCCACGAAAUCGGCGGUCUCGGUUUGUCCAGUUUCACCAGCGAUAACAGUAGAGAAUCACCACCGUCUACCAAGGAUUGACGCGAUUUUUGCUGCAGUGAACGACAUUAUAGUCUAUGAUUCGUCGACUAAUAGGGCUCAUUCGGAGACUAGAAGU